AUGGAUUCCGAAUUUUGCAUUGAAGAUAUCAUUGUAUCCAUAUAUGGAACAGAAAUGCUGUUAAAGCAAAUAAAGGAAAGACAAAUUCGAAACUGCCUUUAUAACUGGAAAUAUAAGAGUCAGCUUUGGAAGGAACUUUCUAUACAAAAGAAGAAAUAUAAUAAAUAUAUGUUGGACGGAUUUUAUGCAUUGGCGAGACAAACGCAGUCUAUUUGUAUGUUAUUUCACAUGAUAAAAUUGAUUGAAUAUAAGCAAAAGAGAUUUUCAAUGGAUAGAUUAAUUUUCAAUUUAAAAGAAAGUAUGAAUAACGAAAAUAUAAUUAAGGAAGAGUCCAAUUCAGUUGAAAUUACUGAACUAGAAAACUACUCUGAGCUAUCAUCAUUAGAUGAGAAUACUAUAAUGUUAGAGUUUCAACAAAACUUGGUUAGGUAUUUUCAUGGAAUAAAUACUAUGAUAAAUAUUAUAGAAUCUAAAAAAAACAAAAUAAUUUACAUUUGCUUUUACAAAAUGAGGAAUUUUAAAGGGUAUGAAAAGGAUGAAAUAGUAAUUAAUAAUCAAAUAAUAGAAAUAAAAGCUAAUAAAGACGAUAAAAUAGUUGGUAAUGAAAAUUCGGAUGCAAAAGAUGAGUUUGUGGUUCCCAGUCCAAUUAGAAAAUCUGAAAUCCAUGAUAAGGAGAAUAUAUCAAGAAAUUCAAUGAGGAAGCAACUGAAUAAUGGGUUAUCGCUAAAUAGGGAAGAGCUUUACUUUGAACAAAUUUCAGAAAAGAAGCAAUUUUAUACAAGAAAGCAGAAUGCAUCAUUUAACAAUGGUUCUAUUAGUAAACCUUUGGAAAGAAAGACUUCUAAUCAGUCAGACUUUACCGAACAAAGAUAUAGAUCAGCGGAAUUUACCCAACAAAAUUACUCAAACUCUAAUUUUCAUGGGCAAGUAGGGAACAAUGUGAUCAUUGGGAAAAAUAUUAUUGAUUUCACCCACGCAAAUCCCAUAUUGUUUUCCUCAAUUAAAUCUCCUGUAAACUCAAAUCCUGUUUUAACUAUAUAUCCAGCACAUUCUCCAAAUUUUAAUUUUUCAAAUCCUGUUAUAAACAGGAAAUAUCCGCACUUUAAUAAUAACUUAAAUUAUUCUAACCAGCUCUCUUCGGGUCACACUCCACUAAAUACCACAAAAUAUUCCAGAGAUAACCUUCCCAAUACAAACAACUCAAGACUGAAUAAACAAUAUAGAAGUGAAUCAAAUCAAAACUUUGUAAUUAAAAGAUACUCUUCAAAUGAUAGAAAAUCACCCAGAUCAGCUGAUAUUGCAAAAAGUAUUUUAAACCCUUGUAUUAAUUUUACACAUGAUUCCACAAAUCUCAUUCAAAACAUCACUGAUAGCUUUAAAUCUGUAAUUUUGAAUUAG